UCAGAACACGAUUUGAAACGGGCGGCCCAUGAGUAGCCCACACUCUAGCGCGACAGCUCACUUCCCCCGACUUUUCCCCCCCAAAAGCUACAUGCGCUUGGUUUGCAGCCGCUCGCAGGUCACUGUCUAGCGAACAUGUCCACGGGAUCCAUCAGCGACGUCGACGACUUUCACGAAGCGGAGCUCCUGGACGACAUCCUGAAACUCGGCUCGGGCAAGGACUCCGGUGCGUCGAACGAGAGCACCGAGGAGAGCUCGAACUGCGAGGGCGGCUCGAUAAGAGAGGACAAGGAAGGCACGGGCAAGAAGAGGAAGACCUCGUCUAGGAAGAACACGCUGAACGGAGUAGCGCAAGAGGGCAAGCAGGUACAAAGGAACGCCGCCAACGCCAGGGAGAGGGCGAGGAUGCGCGUGCUGAGCAAAGCCUUUUCCAGGCUGAAGACAACAUUGCCGUGGGUGCCGCCGGAUACCAAACUGUCAAAACUGGACACCCUGCGAUUGGCAUCAAGCUACAUCGCCCACUUGAGACAGAUUCUUGCCAACGAUAAAUACGAAAACGGUUACAUCCACCCGGUGAAUUUGACCUGGCCGUUUAUGGUGGCAGGAAAACCUGAGAACGAAUUGAAAGAGGUCCUGAACACAACACGGUUAUGCGGAACUACGGCCUCUUGAUUAAACUGAAGGACUUGCUACAGUAAAUGGGAACAAAGUAUAGCCUAUAUUUUAGGAGGGGGGGGAAAUCUCAUUUUUCAAAGAGACGCACGAGGGACCAGAUGCAAAGGGGACCAAAUAUUCUCACUUGUUCCUCUACAAAAAAGCGACAUAUUUAUGGUAUUCACCAUUUUCGCCUUGCUGGUUCAGGGCCAAUGGACUAUUCUGUCAACCAUUUUAACAUUGUAGAUUCUUUAUAAAGGGAGUGUUGUUAAGUAGCCGCAGGUACUUUUACGGGUGACGUUGAUUGUCAUCGCUGUAAAUAUGAGCACACAAAAUAUACUGUGUCCAAUUUUAUUUAGAAUUUAUGUAAAUAAAAUGCAUUUGUAUUACUGAAA